AUGGGUAAAGUUGUACGGACCAAAAAGGUACGAGAAGCAGAUCCUCUGAGUGUUGUUGUGCAAGUGAAUUCAAAGGAGAAAGCUGGUCAAAUGAGGCCUAUGCCUCAGGAGCCAGGGCCUAAACUGGUGGAGACAAUUUUGGACAAGGAGAGUUUUACAUUGGAUGAGCUUCUGGAUGAGGAUGAAAUAAUUCAAGAAUGCAAAUCUCUAAAUGGCCGUCUUAUCAAUUUUUUGCGAGAAAGAGCUCAAGUUGAACAGCUUAUUCGGUACAUAGUUGAAGAAGCACCUGAGGAUGCUGAAAAAAGAAGAACUUUUAAGUUUCCUUUUAUUGCUUGUGAGAUUUUUACUUGUGAAGUUGAUAUCAUACUCAAAGCACUGGUAGAGGAUGAGGAGUUGAUGAACUUGCUGUUCUCCUUUCUGGAACCAGAAAAGCCUCAUAGCACUCUACUGGCUGGUUACUUCAGCAAGGUUGUUAUAUGCCUAUUGUUACGGAAGACCAUGCCUUUUAUGAAUUAUAUUCAAGUUCAUCAGGAAAUUAUCCGGAAGCUGGUUGACCUUAUAGGAAUUACAUCCAUCACCGAGGUUUUAAUUCGUCUGAUUGGUGCUGAUGAGCAUCUCUAUACCAACUACGUGGACUCCAUGCAGUGGUUAGAAGAUACUGAUAUGCUGGAGAUGAUUGUCGAUAAGUUCAGCUCUUCGGAUUGUCCUGAAGUACAUGCUAAUGCAGCAGAAAUCCUAUGCGCUAUAACUCGAUAUGCUCCCCAAGGACUAAUUGCUAAAAUCUCUAGCCCGGGUUUUAUAGCAAGAAUAUUUCGGCAUGCUUUGGAGGACUCGCGACCAAAAUCCGUUUUGGUUAACUCGUUGUCUGUAUGUAUAUCUUUGUUAGACCCCAAGAGGCUAACAUUGGGAACAUAUCAUAUGUACAGUCGCCAACUGACUCAGCAAUCUCCAGUAACUGCUAAUCCUGAGACGGUGGAAGGCAUGCUGGAGAGCAUUGGUAAUUUACUCAAGCUUUUAGACGUUUCAGCUGAGGAAAAUGUGUUGCUGACUACCUAUGGCAAGUUGCAACCGCCUGUUGGGAAACAUCGUCUAAAGAUUAUAGAGUUUAUCUCAGUGUUAAUGACUGUUGGUAGUGAAGCUGCUGAGAAGGAAUUGAUCCACCUAGGUGCAGUAAAAUGCAUUUUAGAAUUGUUUUUUGAGUACCCAUACAAUAAUUUUUUGCAUCACCAUGUAGAGCAAAUUAUAGAAUCUUGCUUGGAGAGCAAGAAUGCUACACUUAUUGAACAUCUUCUUCACGACUGUAAUCUUGUUGGGAAGAUUCUUGACGCAGAGAAGAAUUUCUUAUUGACCACUAAUCCAAAUGAUCUGAAGAAGCCAACUGUCCCUGCUGAAGGGAGAUCACCUCCCAGGAUAGGGACCAUUGGACAUCUCACUCGAAUAUGUAACAAACUUGUUCAUCUGGGGAAUAACAAUAGUGAUGUACAGGCAUAUCUGCAGGAGAAAAGUGAAUGGGUAGAUUGGUAUGCAAAUGUCCUCACCAAGCGCAAUGCAGUGGAAAAUGUGUAUCAGUGGGCAUGCGGGAGACCAACAGCACUGCAGGAUCGGACGAGGGACAGUGAUGAUGAUGAUUUCCAAGAUAGAGAUUAUGAUGUUGCAGCUCUAGCAAACAAUUUAAGCCAGGCCUUCCGAUAUGGCAUUUAUAGCAAUGAUGAUAUUGAUGAGGCUCGUGGCUCACUUGAACGAGAUGAUGAGGAUGUCUACUUUGAUGAUGAAUCUGCUGAAGUUGUCAUUUCUUCUCUCCGUCUGGGUGAUGACCAGGAAAGUGGGUCUCUUUUUACAAAUUCCAACUGGUUUGCAUUCGAGGAUGACAGAGUAGUUAAUGAGCGUUCUACUGGUUCGGUUACUUCCCCAUCGGCUAAUACCCAAGAGACUGAAAUCAUCAAUGGGAGUGGAGAUGAUGAGGUCAUUGUUGAUGAAGAUGAUGAUUUGGCAGGCACUGCAACAUCUGAAGUGCCUGAACCAAAGCCCUGUUUAGAUGAUACUGCACUUGGUAAUUUGUCUGAGGACUCAAGAGCCACUGGAGCUAGUGAGAAUGAUAAACAACCUGAAUGGGUUGAAUGGAGGGAAAGUUCCGAUUCUGUUGAAGGUCCAGAUUCAACUUCAGAAUCUAUUGAACCAUCGAAUGCAGAUGGUAUUACAGUUUUACCCAAUGGUGAGCUUGAAGUAGAAUCAAAGGCUCAGGCUACUGAUGUUGACCCGGAUAAAGCCAAUGCUUCUACCUCAUCUGUUGAUGUGGUGGACCAAGGCAAAAAUGAUACCGGAGGAUCACCAGAAUCACCAGAUGAUGACUCGAGUGCCCAUCUGUAUCAACUGCCAGAACCAGGAAAUGAAAACCCUAGCUCUGACACGAGUGAUUCUGUAGAUGUGGAGAAGUCUGGUGGAACAGAAGUUCCUUCUGGAGCUGCAGUACAUGAAGAAACAAAGUGAUGCAGGAACACAGGUAAAUACUCGAAUUCUGUUUAAUGGAGCUAACUCAACACUGGUUCCAUUGAUCUGGUGGGUGGGUGACCCACUGGGAAUGGCUUUCCUUUGGCUAGUCUCUAAUGUAUCCAAAGCCUUCUGUGCAUUAAUGGGGCUUUUUUGCUAAAGUAGGGCUAAUGAUUCUUUCCCUCACCCGUAUGUAACCGACUGCCCUCCCUCAACAUAGGUGAAUGAUUUUGAUGCUUUUCUGGCAAGUGAUUCAUUAAGUUUAUUUUAACUUGUUCUCUACCACUUGGUGAACUGUAAAAAUCUCUGUGAUGAUCUCAGUGGACGCUA